CUAUCCUCUCACACUCCGGGGCCACAGCCUCCCAAGUAGCACCUCUUUGCUUUUUGUGUAUCGGCCUGGCCACUCAGAACUACAAGGGAGUGAUCAGCGUCAGAAAGCCAGUGUGUGUGCGUGUGUGUACACUGCGAGGUAGCAACAGUAGGAUGAGCUGCCCAAGAGCCAUCACAGCCCGCGGGGACUAACACACACUGAAACAUAAACGUCGAUGCAGUCUUCCAGAGGCUCUCCCUCCCUGUGGCUGAGAAACCAGCAGCAGCAGCAGCAUGUCCCGCGUCUCCUCCACCGCCAAGCGCUACACUGGCCCUUCCUACAGCAGCCACUACAGCUCCUACGGCUCCUCCCUGACCCCAGGCCUUAGCUCCUACAGCGACCGGUCCUCCUACAAGUCUCCCAUCUCCUCUUCCUCCACCUACAAGUCUCCCAUCUCCUCUUCCUCCACCUACAAGUCCCCCAUCUCCACCUCUUCCUCAGGUUACUCCUCCUCCUCCAGCUAUCUGAGCAGCUCGGCCGCCCGCAGCCGCAACUACAGCACCUCCUCAGAACCUGACCGGGGUCGCACCAUCCCACGUACUGACAUUCUUGGGAGCAGCAGCCUCAGCAGCCGCCGGAGCGAGAGCCUCAGCAGAACCCCCAUAAAGAGCUACGGCGGGUCGGGUCUGAGCGGGGGGUCAGCGUACACCGGCUACAACUCUUACUCUUCUUCCUCGGCCCAGUCCAGCUACCUCUCUUCACCGUCGGCCUCCAGCAUCUCACUCAAUCGACGGAAAUCUGUCUCCCAGACUGACUUGAGCAGGGACCUGGCCUCUCUAGGCCUCAGUGAUGCCUCCUCCUCAUCCUCCAGCCCGUCUUCUUCCAGCAGUGCCCUGCGGAGCUACCGCAGUCGGGCCACCGAUUUGGCCAACUCGUAUGGUGCGAGCUCCCGUAUCGGCUACUCGGGCCUGUCGCGGAGCUCUACUCAGGAGGCCCUCUCGCGGAGCUCCACCCAGGAGGCCUUCAGCAGCAGCAGCAGCAGCAGCAGAGCAUACAGCUCUUCAUCAUGGGAGCCGAGCAGCAACAGGGUGUCCGACUCCCCAACCAGGGACUCCACG